AUGGAGAACUCAGCAGACAUCGAUAGGAUCAGCAAUUUACCAGAUGAGUUACUCUGUCACAUACUCUCUUUUCUAUCAACCAAACUUGCUUUUACUACCGCCGUUCUUUCUAAGCGGUGGAGGCCACUCUUCAAAUUACUUACAACUCUCCGCUUCAACGAAAAAUCCUUCCUUGACGAAGAGGCCUUCCCUUGCAUAGUCGAAACGGUGAUCCUCACUACCAAACUCAUCAAAACAUUUCACCUCAACUGUCAUCCUAGGAAUCGCAAGAGUUUCAACCAUUGGAUCAUAACUGCAAAGCUGCAUCCUCUCGAGAAUCUCGAACUACGUAGUAUGCUUCACCACAACAAGAGGAUCACCUUGUGGCCAAGUAUUUUCAUAUUUCCAACACUUGUUGUUCUCAAAUUGACGAAACUAAAAGUGGUUGAUAAUAUCUCUGUCGAUCUUCCCUCUCUUAAGACCCUUCAUUUGAUUAAUGUAAUGUUAAAAAAUACGGAUAAUUUCAACAAGCUUCUUAAUGGGUGUCCAAUUUUAGAAGAUUUGCACACAAACAUUUACUAUAUGGAAGAACAAGGCGACGGUGUUAGGCUUAAACCCUUAUCCAAAUUGAUGAGUGCCAAUUUCAGUAGUACACUUGAUAUUCCUAUUAAAGCAAUUCAUAAUGUCCAUUUUUUACAAUUUAAGUGGUCAUACUUAUCCAACAAAGAUUUGGAUAUAAACCCAAAUGUUGUUCCUAAGUGCAUUUCUUCUCACCUCAGAUCAUGUACUUUAAACUAUGAGGGCUUCAAAGAUCAAAUUCAAUUUGCAACAUAUAUUUUAGAGAAUGCCCCACUUUUACGAGUCAUGAAGAUCACCGUUGCUGAAAAAUUUUCAAGUCAGGAAGAUUUAUAUGAAUUAGAAUCGUGUCCAAGGAUUUCUUCCGAAUGUGAACUUUCAAUUAGUUUCACCUAG